AUGGAAAGCGAAUAUGAGGGAUUUCCGGGAUUGGUGGAAACUGAUAGUGGGGAGAUGCGUUAUCUGCUCGAUCAAGUGACAUACGCAGAAUACGAUGGCCUAUUUGAUCGGCUCGAAACAUUUGAGAACAUCCGAGCAAAGGGUCCACAUCCAUGGCCACAUAAAUUGACACAACAAGAGUACUUAUACAACGCACUGUCUGCCCUCCGGUACACCUGCCCUCAAGCGUGGUUAUUUGGCAUUUGGCGAUUUAAUCGUACAGAUCUACCUUCAACUAGAACGCGAUUCUAUCACAUUUAUCACGCGGAAUCACCAAGAUAUCCAUACACCAAAGUUCCUGGUCUACCUGGAAAUCGCCGACUCCCCUUUCACGGAUUGGAUAUGCUUCUGCUCACGGGUAAUUAUCAAGAAGUACCUUCGGCGUUUGACGAGUACAAAACGCAUUUAUGGAGAAUGUUCAAGAACUUCGUUCACGAAUACAAAAUGGACGAGUUAUGCGAGGUUCAUGAAAAUACAGGUAAGUUGCAAGGUACAGCCGCUUUUUCCACUGGAUGA